CUGGACAGAGGUGGCAUGACCUGUCGCGAUGCCAUUGGUAUCACAGUUGAAGUUGCAACCAUGGCGGGGCCGACGACCGGGAAGAAGCGUGCCCACUGCAAGAAGAAGGGCUACAAGCGCGGCCAUGCGACCAAGAGCCGCAGCCGCGACAUUGACCAGAUCCAGGACGACCUGAAGAAGGAAGAAACGACCGGCACGGUCAUGACCUUUGAGCUCGACGAGGACCUCCCGGGUCUCGGCCAGUUCUACUGCACGCCGUGCGGCCGCCACUUUAUGGACGAGGUCGCGCGCACCGUGCACAUCAAGUCCAAGGUGCACAAGCGCCGGCUCAAGGACGUGGCGCAGGAGCAGUACUCGCAGAAGGAAGCCGAGCGCGCCGCAGGCAAGUCGGUCGAGGCGUACGUCCCGAUUCGCGCCAAGAACGCCGAGAUCGAAGACGACGACUUGUAAAUACCAGCACGAUGUAGAGAAAAGGUCCGUAUUAUUAUAUUGUAAGAAGCUCGCUGAGAACGCUCU